GCACGCAACCCUUUCUCAAGCCAUGGACAACUGCACCAGCGUCACUCCAGCCUGCCCCGUCUCGGCCACAACAUUGGGCUACUAUCCCAACCUAGGCGGCAACAUCUUUCUGCUACUCGUCUUCGCCAUCUGCGCUCUGACCCAGAUCUACCUGGGCUUUCGCUACCGAGUGCGCCUCUACUCCGCCCUAGUCUUUCUGGGAUGUGCAGGCGAGGGGGUCGGCUAUAUCGGCCGCCUCAUGCUCCACGCCAACCCCUGGAACAACGGAGGCUUCAUCAUCCAGACCCUCUUACUCAUUGUCUCCCCUUCCUUCCUCGCCGCUGCGCUCUACCUCACCGUCAAGACCAUCGUGCUCACCUGCGGUCCCCAAUUCUCCCUCCUCAACCCGAAGCUCUACACCUGGUUGUUUAUCAUCUGCGACGCAAUUGGCUUCUGCACCCAGUUAGCCGGUGGCGGGCUCCAGGCGACCGCGGCGAACGGCAAGGGGUCGGAGAGCACGGUACGCGUGGGGACGAACAUCAUGAUUGCCGGCAUUGCCUUCCAGGCGGCCACGAUGGCGGUGUGUGGGGUGUUGACGAUCGAUUAUACAAGGAAAGUGUAUCUGCAUCGGAGACAGCAGGCCGGUUAUACCCCCCUCUCAUGGAUGUCGGUGAGCCAUAGCGGGUUUGCGGGGUUUGUGGGAUGUCAGACGGUGGCUUUUGUGACAAUCUUGAUUCGGUGCAUCUACAGAAUACCCGAGAUGGCAGGCGGAUGGGGAAACCCAAUGAUGCAAGAUGAGACCAAGUUUAUGAUUCUGGACGGGACUAUGGUGGCUAUUGGUGCAAUUCUCAUGACUCUUGCGUUUCCGGGAGUCUUUCUCCCUGCGAUCAGCAGUCGCCAUGCUCGUGGUCAGCAUCAGAAGACUGGCAGCCGAGUUACGGAGGAGGGAUUGGAGCUGACCAAGGGCGCGGAUGGCAGGAGUUGGUAG